AUGGCAGAUGAAUUAAAUGCCGAAUCCGCUUCAUCGGCGAAGACAUCGGAAAACAACGAAUUAAUGAUCCCAUUUGUCGAGUCGCUUGAACUAAUUCAUACCGAUAAAACUGACCAGAAACACGUGGAUGAAACUUCUGACAACUGUGUAAUUAUCAACCAAGACAUCAAUGAACCUAUUAGUAGUAAUGAAGAAAUUAACAGUUUGAUAACGAACACAGAACAUGAUUUAAGCAAUAAAGAUUUAGAAAAAAAUGUGGAAGAAAUACAUGCCAAUGAAAAACUAUUGGAUAUUGACAAUCAAGACAAACUUGAUCAAAUUAAUACAGGUGUAACUGAAUGCUUGAAUAAUGAUGAGCCUGCUAUGUCUGUCCUUAACGUUGAAAACAAAAUCAUGGAAUCAAUUAGUGGAAUUGAAAUUAAUAUUGUCCAAGCUGAUCAAAUAGUUGACAAAGAUAUUUCAGACUCACCAGUUGAUAUUUUAAAUUCUAUUAAAAAUAAUGAUUCAAAUAAAAGUAAAGGUGAAGAAAUAAUUAAAAUCAAAGAAGAUAGUAUUAUAAAUGAAGAAAAUUUAAUGAGUGAAGAACGUCUAAAUCAAAAUAAUAUGGUAUUAAAUACUGAAAUUUCUCAAGAACAACAAGCACAAAAUGACUUAGGUGAAACACUUUUGAAAACAAAUUCUAGACCACAACGCCAAGCUGCAAAAAAAGCAGAAAAUCAAAUCAGAGAAAUAGCUAAGGAAAUAAUCAAACCUAUUGAUAGCAUUGAAGAAAAAAUUAUAGAUGCAGUUGAAGAGUUAUCUUCCCCAUUAAAAAAAGUGUGCUGUCAAUGUAAUAGGUUUCGUUUAUGUAAAUUUACUGUCAAUGACCAUAAGUCUAUAUAUUUGUGUCAAGAAGAUUGUGUUGAAAAUUAUCGCAAGAAAAAUAGUCAGUGCAAUUUUGAAAAAAAAUGCGAACAUUGUCAAUCAGUGAUUGUAGGAAAUGAAGACAAGAGUUACUAUUGGCAAACUAAACAUUUUUGUUCAGUAGAUUGCUUAGGUUACUAUCAAAAUACAGUUUUUGACUCAAAUUGUAUGAACUGUCAAAAAUUUAUAGCAUCAGAUGUUGAUUUAGGAAGAUAUUGUCGAUAUAUUUCUGGUAAAAUUUUACAGUUUUGUGGUACUACUUGCGCUGGAAGUUAUGAAAAUGGUUUAAAUUUAUGCAGUUUUUGUCAAAAAGAUUUAAUUGAUUGUGAUUUUGAAGAUUUCUGUUCAUCAUUUUGUCAAACUAAAGAUUAUGAAUCAAGGAGAAAGCAUACUGAAUCAGAUAGUUCUGCUGUGGAAUAUGGCACAAAUGAAAAAUCAAAAGUCAUUGAUAAAUGUAAUGUGUGCUUCUGUAAAUUAAAUUGUUCACAAACAAAUGAGUUUCAAAUAUUAAGUAAUACAAAUAGUUUGUUCAAGUUUUGUUCAAAUGAAUGUUUAAAUAAAUUCAUUGUAUCAAAAAAAAGAACUGUGUCUUGUUCACUGUGCAAAGUCAAAAAGUUUAACAUUGAUAUGAUUUCUACCAAAAAUGUUUCUUCUAAUAGUCCAACAUAUAUAUGUUCACUAAACUGUAUUCAUCAACAACAAGAAUCACCAGCAUCAAAAUCAAAAAAAAUUAUUUGUGAUAAGUGUGGCUUACAGUCUCAAGCACGUUAUAAAACAAUUCAUACUGGAACCACCUACAACUUCUGCAGUCAAAACUGUUUAAAUUUAUUUCAAUCUGGCAAAAAACAAAAAUCUAAAUCUAAAUCUAAAAAUGGAAAAAAAUCUUCAGCUUCUCGAAUAUCUACUCGGCAAUCUGCACGUAAAGAGGAUAAUAAUGUUUCUGAUAGCGAUGGAGUACAAAAUUCUCAACAAAAAACUUCUAAAGUUAAACAUAAAGUUAGUAGAAAAAUAAGUUACAAAAAUGAGGUAUCAAAAGUUGACAAAGAAAUACAAACAGACCAAACGGGUAGUAAAGGAGUGAUAAUACCAGUUCCAGUGCCAGUUUACAUUCCAAUGCCUAUGCAUAUGUAUGUAAUGCCAUAUCCAGUACCAGUGCCAUUUCCAAUACCUUUACCAAUUCCAAUCUUUAUACCUACGACUAAAAAUACUACUAAAGCAAUUUUGAAGGAUAUAAAGAAAAUUAGAGAAGAAACACCAGCUGAUCCAUUUGAAGCAGAACUGUUGUUAAUGGCCGGAAUGGUAGCUAACGAUUUAAAACAUGAAAAUGUCUCAUCUUCAGAUAGUGAAAAUGACGUAUCAAAUAAUGAAUACAAUGAUGACACUAAAGUUGUUUCAUCGAGUGCUCGUAAUACCAAUUCUUUUGGAGAUGAUGUUCUUGCAAUAGCCUUGAAUAUGGCAGGAGCAGAUACAGAAAGCCUUGAAGGGGCUGACGAGAUAUCUACCAUGACAUCAAAUGAACAAACAAAUCAGAUUAUUGAUGAUGUCGAAGCAAACUUAGUAUCUUCUACAAUUAUGCCUCAAACACCAGAUCCAAUGGAAAAUAUAACUCAAGAAAAUAUGAUAUCUUCCCCUCAAGAUAUGCUAUGUCGACCUCCGAGAAAACGUGCUCCUCGUUCACAGUCUCAGCGUAACUCAAAUUCAAAACGCUCUCGUAAAAAUGAAUAUCCUCAGGCACAAUGUGUCCAAUCAGGAUUAAUACAACAAGUAGUACAAAAUCCUCUUUAUACCAUUCCGAUGUCUGUAGUAAAACCUGAUGCAAAUAUGUGUCUCAAGUAUACAUUAGGAGUUAAUGCCUGGCGACAGUGGGCAUGUACCAAAAGUAUAGAAUUCGAAAAAACAUUAUCUAGUUACAUGUGUGGCGUGAAAAAAACAAAUAUAUUUAAGUUAGACCUCUUACAAUUAACAGCUUAUGAACUAAAUUAUUGUCUAUGCUUGUUUGUGAAAGAGGUACGCAAGCCCAAUGGAAGUGAAUAUGCACCAGACACAAUUUAUUAUUUGUGUUUAGGCGUUCAACAAUAUUUAUUUGAAAAUGGACGAAUUGAUAAUAUUUUUACUGAUAUGUCGUUUGAAAAAUUUACUGAUACUUUAAAUGAAAUAGCUAAAAGAUUCACUGAACUCUAUAAUGAUACAAAGUAUAUUGUUACACGUGUUGAAGAAGAAUAUCUUUGGGAAAGUAAACAGCUCGGGGCUCAUUCUCCUUACGUAUUGCUAUGUACACUGAUUUUUUUCAAUACUAAACAUUUUAAUUUAACAAGUGUUGAAGAACAUAUGCAACUAUCAUUUUCGCAUAUUAUGAAGCAUUGGAAAAGAAAUCCUAACCAGCCAUCAACAUCUGGUGUUAAAGGUCCAGGAACCUACAGAAACGUAUUAUUGCGUUUUUAUCCUCCACAAACAUCCAUUGACUCUCCAAAUUCACGAAAGAAAAAGGUAUACGAGCAGCACGAGAAUGAAGAAAAUCCAUUAAGAUGUCCCGUAAAGCUUUAUGAAUUCUACUUAUCUAAAUGCCCAGAAAGUGUUAAAACAAGAAAUGAUUUAUUUUACCUGACUCCUGAAAGAUCAUGUGUACCCGAUAGUCCUGUGUGGUAUUCAACUUGUGCAUUAAAUAAAGAUUCGCUUGAAAAAAUGCUCAAUCGAGUGAAAAUGGUAAAAGAAAUCAACGUAGCUUUGUUAUCUUCAUAGUUGAGUUAAGUUUAUAAAUUAUUGUUGAUAAAAAUGUUUUAUGUUUUAUAAGACUUUUUUAAAUGUCAUAUUGAACUUUUUUGAGUCUAUUUGUAUUGAUAAUUUAUAAUUGUUAAAUAUUGAUAAUUUAGUUAUAUCAAAGACAAAUUUUAUUUUUAAAGCAUUACCUAUGUAAUGUAACUGACAUUUUGUAAGUAAAGUUUUAUUUUAUUUUUCUUAUGCAAUAGAAACAUGAUAAUGUCAA